AUGGGAAGAAAAAUCUUGUUUAGCUUUUUACUUAUUUUUUUAUGUAUGGGAUUUUCACUAACUUUGGACCAGCUAUUUUCUAGGAAGAAUGUAAGUUUUUCUUCUCCAACAUCUUCAAGUAAAGAAGUGGUUAUAAAGAAUGAUCAACAGAAUGAUGAAGAUAUGAAACCAGUCCAAAAUUUCACAGUACCAAUCACACAGGCUCUCACCUACAAUCUGAGCAAAGAAGGACAUUUAGAAAAAGAACCUUGGAAUUCACUCAGCCAUCAUAGCCCGGUUAAUGUCUCCAUGGGUGGAAUUCCCUGCAUUCUCUUCUGGGCCAAAAGAAUCACAGUUAAAUUUAAGAAUCAGACCUGGCUGGACCUUAGAGAUGAAGCAUUUGGUCAGAAGGCAACAGUGGACACUAGCAACUCCAACUGCAGUGAAGAAAGUGCCUCGUUGUCUCUGAAGUUUGGUGAUGCUGAAAAUCCCAAAGGUCUCGAUAUAAGAUUCAUCCUUACCAGUUACAACAAGUUGUCCAUGCAGAGCUGGUUCAGUCUGCACCGAGUCGAGAUCGUCUCCAAUGACUCGGUCCGAGCGGUCUUCGCCGCCGCCGGCGUCCGCCCCCCUCGCGUCGCAGCCUGCGGCGGAGCUGCCCCCCUGCGGCGGCGACCCGGCGCUGUGACCGGCCGCUGGGAGGCCGCGGGGGCUGAUUUCCAGAUCCAAGGCUUUGCCAUCAAGGGGGUACAGUUCCCCAAAGCCCGCGACUGUGCCUCUUCCUUCUCGCCAGCAGUUCUGAUCGGCCUGGCGACGUCGCUGAUCCUGCUGCUGGCGCUGGCCUACGCCCUGGCCCUGCACGUGCUCAUCUACCCCUGUGAGAUGCAGCUAUUCCUGCCUUGGCUUGAUAACCCUGUGAUGACCUCAUCAGAAACAGUUAUCUUGCCAGGGGGUGACAAUUUUCCUGAUUGCCUUUAG